ACACUGCUGCUGGUUGAAUUCGAUCCAGAUUUCACAAGCGAGACCGGCACAAAGCUCGUUGAGCACAUAAUAAGGUAUAGCUCACCGUACCACGAUCCAGCUGACUGGUAUACUUUGACCUUCAAAAAGGAUCAAGUUUUCAAUGUGGUGCUUGGUCUUAACGUGCGUGACUUUGCUAGAAUGCAAAUUUUCGCUUAUAACAUCUGUAGAGGCAUUCUCGAGGACUCCUUGUUGUUACGGCAGUUGCGGGAAUCCCGAUUUGAUCUUGGUAUUUUCGAAAUGAUGCACAGCUGUCCUGCUGGUGUCAUGGAGUUGGUCGGUAUGCUGAGAUUUUUCGUUCCGCUCUACUGA